CGCGUCUCGAUGCGCAGCCAUGUAUUUUGUCUUCAAAACCUCGUAUUACCAUCUUUAAACUCGUAUAAUCCAUAUGGAGACCUUCUCAAUUGUUAAAACAUUAUCUGACACCCUUGCAUCCAUCCGAAAUGCCACCCUUGAGUCGCUUCACCAUCGUAUCACACAAACCAUUGAUUCUGACCAUGUCCCCUUCACAUAUAUCUGCUCAUUACCCAAGGAAGCUCCAAGAGAAGUCCAGCUCCGUGCUGCUCUUGCUUCUUAUGAGCGUUGAGACUGAGCAGUCAUUGCAGGGACAGGACCUUGGUUUUGCAGCUACAGAUUUCAACGCAGUCGCCUUCUUGGGCUUUGGAUUGAGGAUGAACUGGGUUGAUGAACUGGCAGCUGUUGGCACUGCUGAGGAUGAAAUGGGAGUAUAAAAGACAUGUGUAGAGCAAAGAGAUUCUUCUGGUAAUGGAUUCGAUUGCUGGACCAUGGCUAACGAAAUGUACAGAGCAAAGUCGUGUCGAGACACAAUAGUAUCUGAACGAAAUGGAUGCGAUCACCACCAAAAUCCCAAUAUGGUAAUGACUCGAAUGGCCUUUUUGGGCCUCGGCAAAUGCCUAACCAUGUCGCCUAUGAAUUAAAAGUCAGCUUUACAGGUCCCCUACAUCGACGCUUGCUCAUUGUAGGGGUCCAGUCACAGGUCUAA